AUGUCCUCGAGUACAGGUGUGUCCAUAAACUACGCUCAUCCUAUCAGGCCAGAAGAUGAGCUGGUUAACGGACAAAGACCUCUAUGCUAUUGUGGGAUUCCCUCCAAACUGCGGACUUCGGCCAAGAGCAACAGCAUUGGGAGGCGGUUUUUUAAUUGUCGAUAUUACAAGGGGGAAAACCAGUGUGGAUUCUUCCAAUGGGUUGAUCUUGCAAGGUCGCUACCAGUUUGUUGUCAGCGCACCUUGGAAUUAGCAGAUCAAAGGAAUGAAAGGAUGAAGGCUGAACGUGCAAGAAUAGAAGCUGCCAAGUUACAAUCAAUGAAGAGGAAGUACAACAUUGCCUUGAUCACAUCUUUGGUAUUAUUGCUUGCAUUAUUAUGUACUGUUAAAUUUGAGAAGCUUAAUGAUAAUGUAAAUCAUUUAAUGCUACCUAAAUGA